AUGGAGCCUCGCACGAGAGCAGGCAAUGGUGGCGCAUUCCGACUGGCCCCCGAACCACCUCCAACGCGUUCACUCGUGAAGAAGAACAAGACAGUCGCCAAAAGACGGUCGAGUCAAGCUAACGUCCAAUCGACCAAAACAACCAUAUUUCAGCACAAGCGCCCAGUCUGGCCGGCCAAAGGCCUCACGGCUGAUGAGUCGCAAACAACGAUCAACACUUUGGAGCACGGAGACGACGAUCAGAAACUCAUGGCUCUCUUUGCAAGACAUGUCAUCAUGCCAGGCACAAGACAUCGUGGCUCACAAUGGGUCUCAAGAAGGUCGUUGUACAAGGCUUUCCCAGAACAUAUUGAGAAGACGGGUUUCGCUGCAAAAUCGAGCUGGAAGCAGAAGAGGGCUAUCGAUUUUGGUCUGCCGGAGCUCUUCCUCAGAGGUGUCGACGACCAUAGAGCAAUCUUGACACCUCAUGACAACUUUCAUGAUGUAUUCGAAGACUCUGGGCGCCCCCCUGCCUUACAGGCAUUGACUGACGAUGAAUACCAAUGGCUAGAGCAGCGAAGUAAGCCAUGCCAACAUGGUUCGCACCCUCACACGCACACUCCUUCUAGCACAAAAAGAUUGGCUUCCGCAGUCGACCAGAAUGACAUCCCUGCGCAUCCUGCUCAAGAUGGAUACAGUGUGCAGAUGGAAGACGACCGUGACGAGGCUAUGACCCCAAUAUCCAAACGACUUCGAUCAGCUCGGGAGCCUUUCAACAGAGUGCCAUCAAUAAGCGACAAGGAGCCGAUCAUGAUUGUAGAUUCAGAGGAAGAUCCUUCCUUCGAGACAGGUAGUCAAAGAUCUACGUUCGAGAUGAAAGCAGAAUUGCCUAGUACGACAAGCUCGUACAGCGACGGUAGCUCUCUAUUCUCUGGUCAGCAUGUUUUCCAGCGUCCAUCAGCAAAGGCGAGGGCAAGUAGUAUCCCCCGUAUCGUGGAAGAGAGCAGAAAAGAUCAGUAUAAACUCGAUCAGGCCGACAAGGCUACCAACCUGGACCAACAAACGCCAAUUAAGACGACUAGUGAGCCUGCUACAGUCGACAUGCCAGCUCCAAGCCCAGGCCUUGUCUCCAGAAUCUGCGAAAUCUUGCGAGACUUUCCCAAUGCCUCCGAAGAUCCCAAUUUCAUACCCCUCCUCAGAAAAGUAGACAACGCUACUGCAGCAGGCGAGCCAGAAGGAGCCGAAGAAGAAGAAGCUUAUCUCAACCUACAAACGUACAUCAUCGCUGAAAGUCCGAUUGUCCCACUGGCCGAGGAGGUCAAGCUUGCGGAUUUGGUAAAGCCCAUUCUCAAAGCUAUGGCGAAGUAUCAUCGUCGACUGACUACAAAGAGGUACUCUCAGAAUCAGAAGGAUUUCAAGGCCAUGUGCUUUGCCAAGGACCUGAAUGGUCUACGAGCAACACAUGCUAAAUUGCUUAUCUUCGAGGCGAAGUUGCAGGAUGGAUGA